AUGGAGGAAGACUUCUUGACAGUCCAAACCAAGGACGCAAAGAAGCAUCAGUGGAAGUCUCGGAAGGCCCGUAAUAGAUUCUUUCGGUUACAACAAAUGAAGCAAAGAGAGGAGGCGAGACGCCGUCGUCGCACCCAGAGCAAAGUAUCUACAGGGGGCCUUCAGGCUAUUCAAAUUGAAGAACACUUACCAGAUGGUACUACAAGUCUCUGGACCAUCACUGACCACCGCCUGGUAGAAGGGCACUCUCCAGUCUACUUGCAAGUCUCCAAGGACGAUCAUAUGUACUUCUGGUCGCGUAACCCUGAGAAUAAAGGAUCCAAACCUCAUGGACUACAUAAUGGACACUUUAAGGCGGCUAUACAGUCUCCAUCUAUAGCGUACUGUGAUGCCCUCUUCCAGAACAUUCCUCUCACCACAGGGUUUGUUCCUCUUCAAUGGCAAAACCUGAUGAAUUUUGCCAUUGAAAAGAAGCCGGGAGACUUCCGCCUAUCUAAAAUGCGCACCAUCCAGCUGAUGAAUUCCAAGGCCCAGGCAAACAAUAAGAAGGCGGGCCGUGCAGCCAUGCAAUUUGCCAAAGCGCACUCCUUGAUACCCGACGGGCAAUGCGGCUCACGCAAACGUCAUCAAGCAAUUGACCUGGCCUUGUCUAAACGAUUAGUGUGGGAUCUACUGAUCCUUCAACGCCGCGCAGCGGGGUGGAUCUCGAAUGAUGCCAAGUCCUGCUUUGACCGUGUGGUCCACUGGGUGGCCAUCGUCACAAUGUUGCGGUUUGGCUUGACAUGGCGUGUCCUAUCAUUGAUGUUCAACAUGCUCUCCUCCGCUACCCACCGCGUUCGCACAGGUUUUGGUGACUCCAAGAGAAGCUUUCGCCCUCCGUCAGCGGUGCCAUUCCAAGCUUGUGAGCAAGGGAAUGGUGCAGGACCCCCCAUUUGGAUCUUGGUGAGCUCAGUGUUAAUCACAAUGAUGGAAGCAAUGGGCUAUGAAUUUGAGUGUCUUUCGGCGUUAGAGUCACAACUAGUGACAGCCCAAUGUUUCUGUUUUGUUGACGAUACGGACGUGAUUGAAGCAGGUGACACAGUCCAUCACUCUGGGGAGGAUAUUUGCGCCUCAGUCCAGGCUGCUGCCACCUUGUGGUCGGGGGGAAUUUGGGCAACAGGUGGUGCAAUCAAUCCGGAGAAGUCCUUCUGGUGGCUUAUUGACUUUGAAUGGGAUGCUCGCAAUGGUCAGUGGAGAUUCCGUAGGAAAUGCUCCGCGGCACCGGAAUUUGACCUUAUGAUACCGGGGUUAUACGGUGACAUUGAACCCCUUCGUCGCCUUGAACCAGAUGAUUCCGAACGUACUCUGGGGGUGAUGGUGUCGCCACUGGAAAAUCACAACGCACAGGAGGCACAGUUGGUCUCUAAAGCUAUAGAGUGGGCCGAACAGCUUUGGCCUCACCUGCUACACAAGUACGACGUGCUACCACUGAUCCGGACCACGAUCAUGAAGAAGCUUGAUUAUCCUAUGGCACUCACUACCCUCAACGCUCAACAAUGGCAGGACAUUAUGUCACCGGUUCUCCAGGUGUGCUUACCUAAGUCAGGUGUUUGCUGCAACUUUCCCCGUCCGGUGGUCUUUGCCCCUUGGAUUAUGAAGGCCUUGGUGUUCCUCACCCCUUUGACAAGCAAGUGUAUAACACUUGGAGAUGAUCCUGCGCCAUAUGUCGGGGGGUACAAAGACUGGAGCCUAUAUGGACGCCAAUCUCUAGGCUCACCAACUGGGAACCGGCUUUACUUAGGAAAAAUCUAAGACAUUGGGAUGGUUGAAAAUGUAGUGACACCGGAACAGGUGUUGUUCUACGGAUUUGAAAGUAUUGGCAGUCAACCUGCGAUUACGGCCAAGAACGACUACACUGAGCAUAACAUCUUUGUUUUCAAGGCUCACUUUGGCACAACCCCCAGCGCUUUCUGCCAUCUCUGGGAAGACAUUAUGAGUUUGAAGAACGAAGACUUGGGGCUUCUCCCAUCAGACAAGAGCGAGGAGGGAAUUAAGCGAUUGCUAGGUGCAAUCCACUUCCUCUGGGAGUAUCCCAAAAAAGCCGCCUUAAUUGGAAUAAGCGAACAAAUGGUCCAACGCAAGAAGCUGUGGCAUUGGGUAAAAGUGAUUGGGCGACUAAAAGAAAAGGUGAUCAGCUGGCCGGAAGAAGAGUGCAAUAAUUGGGGAAGAACAGUCCUCUUGACUGUCGACAGCGUUGAUUUUAGGACGUACGAGAAAUUGAUCGACGACUCUCUAGAUGGGGCAUAUGGUCGAAGAGCAGCAUUUACUAUGAAUUAA